AUGGGUAAAUUUGUCAUUUCGCAUUUUGGUCUUAUUCUUUUUGCCCUAUUUAAUAAGGGGGCGGCGGUGGUUGUGGCGGUUCCGGCGGUGGACUGCAACGUGAAUGGAGUGCGGAAAGAGCAGGUGCAUUACAGGGGAGUGAGGAAGAGGCCGUGGGGGAGGUACGCGGCAGAGAUCAGAGAUCCCGGGAAGAAAAGCCGCGUUUGGCUAGAGACGUUUGAUAUGGCGGAGGAGGCCGCUAGGGCUUACGAUAAUGCCGCGCGGGAGUUCCGCGGCGCCAAGGCGAAAACGAAUUUUCCGUUGGCGGAGGAGCGGAUUCCGCUCGAUUUCUGCGCGCGGUUUGAUAUGAACAGGAAUGCGUGCGAGAAGGACGGCGGCGGAGGAGGAGGAGGAGGGAAGAAUAGCAACCACCACAGUCCCAGCCAGAGUAGCACCGUGGAGUCGUCCAGCCGCGACACCGUGUUGGUUGACUCGUCGUCGCUGUUGGAUCUCAACGUCGGCGGCAGAUUCUCCGCGGUGAACCUUCCCUACCAAAGCCGUCACCUCCGCGUCGCGCCGGUCGUCGUGUGUGGAUACCCGCCCGCCGCUGUCGUGCAUCCGGCCAGCCACGUGUUCUAUUUCAACGCCCUCGCAUGUGCCGCGCAAUUUCGCCUUCCCUCAACCCCCGAUUCUCGUCUCCCAAUUUUCACGACGGCGGCGUCGGCAGCACCGGAAGCGGCGUUGCUCAGAGCGAGUCCGACUCCUCCUCCGUGGUCGAAACCAAUCGCGAUCUCAAACCUAAAAAAGACGGCCUAAUUUUAGAUCUUGAUCUCAACCUCCCUCCACCAGAAACUUUGUGAACCGCCCGGCAUCAAGAGUAAACCGUUUUUUUCCGUCGAAACCCUUUUUUGUUCAUUUUAGAA